AUGACCAUCGAGGCCCUGCGCAGCUCCAUCGAGGCCGAGGGCAUCCCCGAGCCGACGCAGCACAUAUACCACAACGGCCAGCUGAUUACAGACAAAUCAAAGACUCUUCAGGACCUGUCCAUCACGGACGGCGACAUGCUCGCACUACAUAUCCGCGACAUGCGGGGUAGCGCAGGCCUCGCUGCCGCACACGCCCAGCAGCAACACCAACAGCGCGGGAGCGCGGCCGGUAUGGCCCAGGACCCCGAGCUCAUCCGCUUGCAAGUCCUCGGUGACGCGCGCCUGCGCGCAGAACUCCAGCGAACUUCCCCUCAACUGGCCGCUGCACUGGAAGACUCGCGCCGUUUCGCCCAGCUCUUUCGUGAACUUGCCGACCAGCAGGAAGAGGCCCGCCUGUCCAGAAUGCGUGAGAUCGAGCAGCUCAACAACGAUGAGUUCAACCCUGAGGCUCAGGCACGCAUUGAGGAGAUCAUUCGCCAGCAAGGCGUUACCGAGAACUUGCAGAAUGCAAUGGAAUACAAUCCAGAGUCCUUUGGACGUGUGCACAUGCUCUAUGUCGACGUCAAGGUCAACGGCGUAAAGGUCAAGGCCCUCGUCGAUUCGGGUGCCCAAGCUACUAUCAUGUCUCCAUCGUGCGCUGAAGCUUGCCACAUCAUGCACCUUGUGGAUAAGCGGUUCGCUGGCGUAGCACGAGGAGUGGGAACGGCCGCCAUCAUUGGCAGAGUGCACUACACAAUGCUCCAAUUAGGAAGUAUACAUUUACCCGCUGCCUUCACCGUCAUGGAGGGCAAGCAGGUCGAUUUGCUGUUGGGGCUGGACAUUCUCAAGGGUCAUCAGGCAACAAUCGAUUUGGCCCGCAACAAGCUCAUUAUCCAGGGUGAGGAGGUUGACUUUCUUGGUGAGGCGGAUGUUCCCAAAGAGACAGAGGAGGCCGUCAAUGAAGAACCUACCGUGCAAGGUCCUGGCGGCACGACAAUUGGUGCUCGUUCUGGCGCCGUCACAGCUGGUUCAUCGGCACCACCCGCCCGUCCGGCUCCAGCGGCAGCCUCGAGCCAUGCUCCGAUACACACUCCCCAGUCUACAGCACCGCCCAGUGCUCGUCAACCGCCCCAGCAGGCUGCCACCACCUUCCCCGAAUCCGAUAUCCAGACACUGAUAGACCUGGGUGCUACCAGACAACGAGCCAUUCAAGCUUUGCAGUUCACAGGCGGCAAUGUUGAAUUUGCUGCCAAUGUCAUCUUCCAGGAAAUGUGA